AUGGCUACUUCUUCGGACUAUCUCGAUCAUAUGUAUCAGGCAUGGCGUCGUGAUCCAGCCUCUGUCCACAAUUCAUGGCAAGAGUACUUUCACGCAAUUGAAUAUGGCUUGCCAACGAAAAGUCCUCUUAUUCAAUUACAUGACAGCGUGGCACCUGCUUCGAAAAGCAAACCGUUGAGUAUUCUAUCUGAUACAUCGAAUAUCAAGUCCAAAAUUGAGCGCUUAGUCCGCGCAUAUCGGGAAUUUGGUCACAAAAAGGCGCAGACAAAUCCUCUUGAUCUCUCGAAUACUAAGUUCCAACUCCCGGAAGAGCUUCAACCUGAGUUUUAUGGUCUGACAGAAGCCCAUAUGAUCAAAGAGAUUGAACUUGGUCCUGAGGUGCUGCCGCACUUUGUCUCGGCGCAAUCCUCCACGAUGACUCUUCGCGAUAUCGUGGCUGCUUGUGAGAAGAUAUAUUGCAGCUCAAUUGGCGCUGAAUAUCUUCAUGUUGCCACGCGGCAAGAACGCGAAUGGAUCCAAGAGCGCCUUGAGAAACGCAAGCCUUAUAAAUUUUCCCCAAAGGAAAAGAAAAGGAUUCUUGACCGACUUGUGUGGACGACUGUCUUCGAAAAGUUUAUGGCAGCCAAAUUUCCCAACGCGAAACGCUUUAGUAUCGAGGGGGUGGAGAGCCAAAUCCCAGCCCUGAAGGCAAUCAUCGAUAGAAGUGCUGAAAACGGAGUUCGAGAAAUUAUCUUCCCUUGCUGCCAUCGCGGCAAGCUCAACGUUCUGAGUAACGUAGGGCGGAAGCCCAAUGAAAUAAUCUUCAGCGAGUUUUCUGCAGAUUCGGAAUCUCGCAAUCAAAUUUCGGGAGACGUCAAAUAUCAUCUUGGGAUAAACUAUGAGCGAGAGACUCCCACCGGAAAAAAUGUCCAUUUAUCUAUCUUGCCAAAUCCAUCCCAUCUAGAAUCCCAGAACACACUGGGACAAGGUAUGGCUCGCGCCGUGCAGCACCAGAAUGGGGGCAACCGGUCAUCAACUAUGGUUUUGAACAGUCACACCGAUGCUUCUUUUUCAGGGCAAGGGGUGAUAUAUGAGACUCUCGGUCUUUCGGGAUUGGAAUCCUAUGAAACAGGUGGAACUGUUCAUUUGGUCAUCAACAACCAGGUCGGGUUCACCACAAAUCCAGAGUCGGCACGAUCAUCUCCCUAUGUCACGGAUAUUGCAAAGAGUAUCAAUGCUCCAAUUUUCCACGUCAAUGCAGAUGAUGUUGAAGCAGUGGUUUUCCUUUGUGAGCUAGCUGCAGAUUAUCGUGCUUAUUUUGGGAAAGACUGCUGGGUUGACAUGAUUUGCUACCGAAAGCAUGGCCAUAAUGAAAUGGAUCAGCCUUUUUUUACUCAACCUAAGAUGUAUGAGCAAAUUGAGAAGAAACCCCCACAUUUGGACUUAUAUGUCAAAAAGCUGGCUCAAGAAGGUAUUGUGACACAGGAGGAAGUUGGCCAGAUGGAGGGGGAAGUUUGGAACAUUAUGACGAAGAGUUUGGAAAACAGCAAGAACCCUGAAUCUCUGGAGCGGGAGUACCUUACUGCUCCAUGGAUGGGCCUGAAAUCCCCAACUGAGGUCAAACAGGAGAUUCUGCCUACAAGGUCUACCGCUAUCACUCGAGACAUGGUCGAUGCUGUCGCCAGUAAAUUAGGCAUUCCCGAUGAGCCAUUUCAGGUCCAUAAAAGCUUGAAGCGAAUCCUCCAGAAGCGCCAGGAAAGUCUUAUUGGAGGGCAAGAGAUUGAUUGGGCUACAGCUGAGGCACUAGCAUUGGGAACUCUGUGUCUUGAAGGUUAUCAUGUUCGCAUUUCAGGGCAAGAUGUUGAGCGUGGUACCUUCUCUCAGCGCCAUGCAGUACUGCAUGAUCAAGUUACAGGAUCAACUUAUGUUCCACUCAAUGACCUUAGUUUGAAACAGGCGGAGUUUACUGUUGGUAACUCCUCAUUGAGCGAAUAUGGAGUCCUGGGAUUUGACUACGGCUAUUCGUGCAUGUACCCCAACGCCUUAACGAUGUGGGAAGCGCAGUUUGGAGACUUUGCAAAUAAUGCUCAGUGCAUUAUUGACCAAUUCAUCUCUUCUGCUGAGAAUAAGUGGCUAUUGAGAUCUGGGCUUGUACUAUCUUUGCCUCAUGGCUUUGACGGGCAGGGACCUGAACAUUCAUCAGCUCGCAUGGAACGAUUCCUGCAGUUGAGCAGCGAGGAUGGUCGCUUCUUCCCAACGGAGCAACAACUUGAGAGACAGCAUCAAGAUGCUAACAUGCAGGUCGUCUAUAUGACAAGUCCAGCAAACUUAUUCCAUGUGUUAAGACGACAGCUGCACCGAGACUUCCGCAAACCUUUGAUCAUUUUUUUCUCCAAAUCGCUUUUGCGCCAUCCCUUGGUAAAAUCUAGUAUCGAGGACUUUAUCGGAGACUCCCAAUUUCAGCCGCUUAUUGGUGAUCCGGAGCAUGCCAACUCGAUUGCCGAACCUUCGAGCAUUAAGAGAGUUAUAUAUUGUACCGGACAGGUGUACUUUGCGCUAUCCAAGUAUCGGGAAGCGCAUGGAAUUACAGACACUGCCAUAACUCGUGUCGAACAAUUACAUCCUUUCCCCUGGAAGCAGGUGAGGGAUAACAUCAAUCAAUAUCCCAGCGCUUCGGACAUUGUCUGGUGCCAAGAGGAAUCUUUGAAUGAUGGCGCAUGGGCCUUCGGGAAGACUCGAUUAGAGACGAUUUUCGACACGACCAAGCAGCACCAUGGCCGUCGAGUUCGGUUCGCAGGACGGGCGGCUACCCCAAGUGUUGCAACAGGGUUUGGGAAGGAACACCGAGCACAAGAGGCGGCAUUGCUGAGGGAUGCAUUCCAGAAGUCGUAG